CAUCCUUGCCUCACAUCAUGACAUGAUCCUCAUCGCGUCAGCCAAAAAAGAAAGCCAUCUUCAACAUCACAACACCAACCAACGACUUCUCACCACAGAACCACCCACGGGAUCGGUCACACAGCCCAUUUCACCCCACGAAUCGCAAUCCCUUCGCUCGACCUCUAACCCAACCCCGACACCUCCCCAACCCACGUGGGAAACCACCGAAAAGCAAACCCAACAACAACAACCAAAAACAGAAUGCCGAUCACCCUCCCCACCACUACCAACCCCCCACCCCCACCAUCCGAACCCACAACAACCAGCAGCAGCAACAACUACAACCGAAUAAGCACGCACCUGGGCGCGCGCAUUUUCCGCCCUAUCGACCUGUCCGACACGCGGGGCAAGGGCGCGGCCGCGACGGUGGUGCUGCGCGGGGCGGCCAACGUCGUGCAAUUUGUGCUGGCGGGCCUGUCGGCGGGCCGCGGGCCGUGGUGGUGGUGCCUGUAUUAUGUGGUCGACCAGCUGGUGGUGGCGUACGCGGUGAGCUUUGUGGUGGAUGCGAGGGGGGUGAGAAGGGUUUUGGGGGUGGGGGUGGACGAGCGCUUUUUCGAGUUCUUCCUCGCGGCUUGCGGCGUCGUCCACGUGCUGUACAUGGGCGUGUUGCUUAUGUGUAUCGUGACGCUGGCCAUCAUCUUUGGGGAAACAGGUGGGUUUAUCCUGACGAUCGCCGGCGCGGUGAUCCUACCCGUUGCAUUGCUGGCGUCGCGGCCGGAGGACGGAGAAGCCGGAUUGAGUCUUCCGUGAAAGGCCAGGACACCCCUAUGACGCCGCGACGAUGAGAGGGGGGUUCUGGUCUGGGCCAGCCUGUUGGGAGACCUGGAGAAGCCUGCGUCCGGGGGAGGGCAAGGGCGUGUACGAUGGGUGAUGAUAGAUAGCGAGUUUUGCACAUGAGCGACCGUGUGGCACUGGGGCUCUGGCUGGCAAGCGGGCGGGCGUGGGAAUGCAAGGCCGGUACGGCUACCUUCCAGUGCCUGCAUCAAGUGGCACGACUCGAAAAACAACACCUAGUAUG